AUUUUCUAGUUGGGCACUCACAUAAAUCAGUUCUACACGACUCUGUUUUUCUCUUUACUCCUAAAUUCAAAUACAUCUGUAUACCGCCUUUAUCUUAAAUCUUUAAACCCCAGCUAACCCCAUGUUAUAUCUCUUCCAAAACUUGUCAUUUUCCCAUCGAAUCUCUUCCCUUGUUCUUGUCCUUCAGUUUAAGCUUCACAUUGUGAUGGGCCAGUAAAAAUUGUAACUAACUAUUUAGAUGGAAAAGAAAAAAGGCUCCGAGAAAAGCCCUGGUGAUACAGGCAGUUCCGGAUCUAUAUCUUCACAUUCUGAGCGAUACUCGGGUGAACAGGAUACUCUGAAGGAAUAUUCAAAUCAUUUUCUCCAACCAGAAGAUACCUCAAAAAUGGCUGCUCCAAAUGGAGAAUUUGAUGAUUAUAUUCAGAUUCUGACAGAGAAAUUAUCAGCUGCUCUUGUUAAUGUAGGUGUCAAAGAAGACUUGGUUAAGCAGCAUGCUAAAGUUGCAGAUGAAGCUAUUGCAGGCUGGGAAAAGGCAGAAAACGAGGUGGCAAUCCUGAAGCAACAACUCGAGGCAGCAGUUCAGAAGAACUUAGGUCUUGAAGUUAAAGUGAACCAUCUUGAUGGUGCUCUCAAGGAAUGUGUCAGGCAGUUGAGACAAGUAAGAGAAGAGCAGGAACAGAGAAUAAAUGAAGCUUUAGCAGAAAAAACCAAUGAGUGGGAAACCACCAGAGUCAGUCUUGAAAGUGAGCUUCUUGGUCUCCGGAACCAGACAGAGGAACUUAAAGCUAAAAUUCCUGUUCAUACUGAUCUUGGUGUUCAUAUUAGGCUGGAGUCAAUAGUGAAGGAAAAUGCAGUGCUAAAGCUGGAACUUACAUAUUUAUCUCAAGAGUUGGAUAUUAGGACCAUUGAAAGGGACUUGAGCAUACAGGCAGCAGAGACGGCUAGUAAGCAGCAAUUAGAGAACAUAAAGAAGGUGGCAAAGCUUGAGGCUGAGUGCCGCAGGCUUCAAUCUGAAUUAAGGAAAUCAUCACUGGUUAAUGAACACAAGUCCCCGGCUGCAUCUUCUUUGUCUGUUGAGUCUCUGGCAGAUAGUCAAUCUGAUAGUAGUGAACAGAUAAAAAAUUUUGAGGUCGAUAUUUUCAAGAUGAAAGGAAUAGAUGCUUAUGGCGGUGAACUUAAACGCUCUGACUCAUGGGCCAUGUCUGAAAGUACUUCAACUAAAAAUCAGACAUCCUGUUCUUUUGACAUGGAUAUCAUGGAUGAUUUUUUAGAAAUGGAACGACUUGCUGCACUUCCCGAGGCCAAGAAUAAAAUCUGUGCGAUUGGAUCAGAAUUUGUUGCUUGUCAAGCAAAUACCAGCGAGAGCUCUUUGAGAGCUGAACUAAAAGCCACCAGUCAACGUGUUACUGAAUUGGAAACUAACUUGCAGCAGAUAGAAGCUGAGAAAAAUUGUAUUGCUUGUCGAGCAACUGAUAUAGAAAACACAUUGAGGGCUGAACUAGAUACAAUGAGUCAGCGUGUUGGUGUAUUGAAUGAUAAGCUGGAGAAGAUAGAAGCCGAGAAAGCAGAACUAGAGAAUGCCUUGAUUGUGAGUACACAAUCUGUUGAAGCUGCAAACACUCAGCUAAUAAUAACUGAAAACAAGCUAAAAGAGCUGCAGAAGGAGCUUACUAUGUUUAACGAGUCAAAGAACUUACUUGAGUGUGAACUGGUUGGUAUGGAAGUCGAGACACGUACUAUGUCAAAGGAGCUCUGUACAUCUGAGUUGGAUGCAGAAAAAGAGCAAACUUUAUCUGCAGAAUUGGUAGCCAAGUGUCAAGAAAUGGAGAACGAACCAACUAUAAGAACCCAGGAAGCUGAGGUUUAUCAGACUACAAAUUUAGAUGGUGAAUUAACAGCAAAACAGGAAGACGUUGCUGCAGCUGCUGAUAAACUUGCAGAGUGUCAAAAAACAAUAGCAUCUCUCGGGAGACAACUAAAGUCUCUACCAACAUUGGAAGACUUCUUGACUGACACCCCAAUUGUACUUGGGACUAUCGGAGGGGGAAUUUAAGAGUCCUCCAGCAGUUGGAGCAGUGCCAUUGAAGCCUCAUUUCAACAACAAAGUUGUGCCAAAGCAUGAUCAAAGUUCAGAACUAUCUGCAGAAACUUGGACUCCUCUAGCCAAUGGUAAACACAAAGUGUCACUGGCAUCUGUAUCAUCGUCAAGUUCAUCGGGUGCUUCACUUAAUAAUGCUAGCUCUGGUAAUAGCACAAAUUGUUUAGGGAAGUUAUCUUCGAGUAGUAGUAGAGUAGAACUUGAAAAUCAUCAAGGAUUAUGAUAAUUGUGCGUAGGAUUGACGGAACGUGUAUGAUUGAGCAUAGGCUGUGUUACAAAGAAAUUUUCAGUAUCUGAUAAAAUUGAUUUGUAGGCUUUUUUUUA